UUGUUUUUCAAUUAUAAUAACAUUAUUCGUUAUUGUAAUCGUACCUAUAGAGUAUAGCAUGCGAUAACGUUACCUCUUACAACAUUGGACAUCAUUUAUUUCUGAACUCUUUAUAAUAAUUAAAAAUUUAAUAUAAUUCGUUUUCUAUCAUCUGAAACACUCAAUUACAUUUCUAGUUUUUGUUCUAUACGUUAUUUGUUAUGUAUAAAAGAAAAUUUCCAAAGACAAAGACUUUGGUCGGAAAUAUAUCCACAUCAACGCGUAAAGAAAACAUAAGCUCACUCUCAAUGGAAGCACCGACUCUAUCGACUAUAUCUAGAAAUUAUUCAAUUGACGAAUGCCCUACAUCGCCAUCAUUACUAGAUGAUUUACCCGAGUUGCCUGUGGAAAAAAAACGUAAAAUUGCAGAUAAUGUUUUAGACAAUACAGAACCACCAUUAAAUAACGAUCCAUUUUCAUAUUUAACACAAAUAUUGGCCAGUUGUGGCCUACAUUUAAAAAAUGAUCAAAAUGUUUUGUCUGUUGAGGAAUACAAAUUUAUUCAGAGUCUUAAAUCCAAAUUAACUACUGAUUCUGAAGAUAUUGCAGAAUUUGAUCUAUUAAAUAAGUUUGUAACAGUACUUGAAGCAUAUCUUAAUGAUAAAAUUAAUCUUAAAGUAGCUCUCUCUCCUUGUAAAGCCAUGCCAGAAAAUAAACUCAGACAACAAAGAGAUUCUUUGGCUCGCCUUUUAUUACAAGUUCCUAUUAUUCAACCCAACUUAAUUGAUAUUUUAUUUGAUAAAAUGGUUGAAAUAUGUUUAGAAGAUGUUACCGAUUCGAUUAUGACCACACAGAAAUGGGUACGUUUGUUACUCAAACCGUUCAAACAGCUCUAUAGUAUUAUUGAUUUAAGGAAAGUUUGUAGUAAACUGUUUGACAAUUUGACUGCAGUGUCUGAUGAUGAUUUAAAACGGGAGUUAAUUGCGUCCAUCCCAGAUAUAGUCCUUGACAGUGAAGAACAUGAUGCGCAUGACGAAUUAUGUAAACUACUCAGAGAUAAUAAACAACUAAUGGCUUGUAUUUUGGAAACUAUUGGUCUAUUGACUAUUGCGAAAGAGGAUCUCACAUUUAUACAAAUGGACAUGAUUCCUGAAAUCAGUCAUACACCGUUAGAUAUACUUCCAGCCUUAGUUAGAUUUUUAAUCAAAGUAGACGACUUGACAGUUGCAGAAAAGAUAGUAGAUGGUUUAAGAUCUGAACUACCGUUUGCAAAUUUGGACAAAUUUUCACAGCUAACUGCAAACUCAGAAAACUUUACAAGCAUACAACUUGUCAUUUUUAGUUGCAUUUACGAUAGAUUUUUGUCAUCAAAAUUAUUAUUGGAUGUAUGGGUUAAAACAAUAAGUCAAGUACAAUCUCAUGUUGAACAUAAGCCAAUGGAUGUUGUUAUUUUAUUUUUGGCUUAUUCGUCAGCUUCUAAUGAUUCGUCGACAAUGAAUUCAAUACUGUCUGUUUUUAAAGAUCGUUUAAAAAAUGGAUUUUUCCGAACCGACAUAAUGGAAAAGACUUUUAAAAUAUUUACACCAGUCUUUAAGGAGUAUUUUGAGUCAUUUAUUAAAAUGUUUUCGAAUCUUGUCAAAGUAACAGACCAUGUUUCUAUUGAAGUGGUAUCGAGUAUGGCUGUAAACUGUUUUAAUAAUAUUGACCAAUGCUGGUGUAAUUGGAUCGUGGAGGAGCUUCUUGUAUUAAUGGGUACUGGUAAUAAGUUGAUUGUUGAAGUAGUAUUAAAUAUACUUUCUGAAUUCACCGAACAAAGAAUCAAUAAGAUGCAACCUCUUGCUACACGAUUAACGUCAGUUUUUAUGAAUAAAAUUUAUGACUUUUCAAUAAGAGAAAUUUCACAAGUUAUGGACAUGUUAUGUAAAAUUGCCUAUUCGGAAGGACCAGAUGGUAUUAACGAUUGCUCGGUCUUUCAAGAUGAAAUUAAUAUAUUCGUGCAAAAAGAACUUUGUUCUAUUGACACUAUAUCUCAGCGAGUUGGCAUAAUAGGUGCUAUAAUGUUGAUAAAACAUAUAGUAAGUGUAACCCCUGAAGAAGCUAGUGAAACAAUCUCCAAUUCUGAAGAAGAUAUUCCUCUUACUCCAAAGGCAAAAGAAGCAUAUUCUCUUAUAGAGUUAUUGCUUACAAGAACUAAAGCCGACACCGAUUUUCAGAUUUUAUUUUUUGAUCAAUUUGCUCAUAUGCUUUUCCAGUGUCCUUACCUGGAUAAAACAUUUAUGCAUACAGUGUCCACAGUUUUGAAGACAAAUUUUCAAUACAGUUUUCUCAUAGCUGCAAAUGAAUUUUUAAACGAAAAUUUGAUGUUUGACUGCUCUUUGACAUUUUGUCUUGAUAAAAAACUUGACGAGAUCAUAGCAGUAAAUAUUUGUCCUGUCGUUAUGAAUGAAACAAAUAAAGUUGAAAAAGCUGUGCUUGGCUUUCAAAGUAGUCGCUCGAAUGCUUUAACUUCCAUGUUUAGGUUAGUGAGAGUACUAGAGCGUGAAGAUUUAAGUGAGAUUGAUGCUCUAUUAGGGUGUCCUAUUAUUCUUCCAAAUACCCAAACAAUGGAUAAUUUUGAGAUGUUAUCACCUGAACAACAAAUUGUAGUUGUCAAUACACUAUUUCAUACUGUGAAUUGGUUUCAUGAAGUCAUUAACUGUUUUUCCUAUUUGAUAAAACAGAAGAAUGGCAGUAAAGUGUUAAUCCGUUUGAGAACUAUCACAUACUUAAUAAAAUCUUUAAAAAAAUGUUUGUCAGUUAUGUAUGAUCCUGAAUAUAUUCCUCCAGUUUGUUACUAUGGACUGGCAGUGGAAAAACCAAACUUUAAUAAAAUCAAAAAUAAAUCAAAAACAACAAAGUCCACAAAAGGUGACAAAAAAGCCAAAGGAAAAGUAAAUAUCUCGGUAAAUACAACAAGUGCGACUAAUUUUAAUAUCACCCAUACAAGCCAUGAUGACAACAAUUUUGAAGACGAAGUUGAUAUUAGCAUUUAUAAAGAUUAUUUUAGAGAACUGGACAUUGAUACUUGGUUAAUUCUUACACAGAAAUUUGUCAUUAAUCCCGAUUCUGAAAAGGACAAAGAAUUUUCUCCAGAACUUGGGCCGUCAGAGUUACGAUAUUUAUUAGAAGACAUUCUACAAAAACUGGAACAUGUAGUUUUUAAAAAUAAAAAAAUCAGUCCCUUGGCUAAGUCUAAAUCUAAAGAAACAGUGGGUUUUACCACUGUGUCCAUGGUACCAGAAAAAACUAUGUUAAAAAAUUUCAUAAAACUUCUUCCCCAUAUAUUUACAGAUUUAGAAGCUCUUUCAGAGUUUUUUAAAAAUCUUUUGAUUGUAAACGAUAAUAUCUUGGAUGCCACUGGAAUGUUUAUGGUUGAAUCAAUUGAACUAAAACAAUGUGUAGGUUUGAUAUUAAAAUCUAUAGUGGUUUUAUUCCAAUGGAGUGAUUUUAAGUCAUCUGAUACAGAAGACCUGUUUAUAAAUGCUUUGAGGAAAAUGAUUAGUAGAACAGAUCUAUGCAGUCAAAGCACUCAAUCUAGACGCCAAAUGUGCAAAAAAGAGUUACUAUCUGAAAAAAUUAAGUACUUGGGAAACUACCAAGAUAUUAUUCUUCAUAUAGAUGCAGCUGUUAGCCUUGUAACUGUUAUGAAGUUACUGAACAAUUUUUCUUAUGAUCUUGAAAACGAUGUGCUAAUAAGAGAUACUUGCUGGAAUUUUUUGACAAGACAAUGGUACACCAUGCAGGGUUCACAUGAAGAUGGUACAAAGUACAAUGAAAAGAUCAAGUUCUUACUUAAUACAUAUUUCCAGUGCCAUGACAAUGUCAGUCAAUUAACUAAAUUGGUAGAAAUAUUUGCAGAAGAAGUAUUGGUUAUGGAAUCUAAAACUGAUAAACUAAAAACACUACCGACAAUCAAUAAAGCAAAUUUGAAACUUUUAAUUAGUGUCAUAUUGAGUAUUUUAUUGGAUUUUGUAAAAAAGGGUUUAAAAAAAUCUGAGAGUGAAUAUGAUCGUCUAACUGUAUGGCAGUCAUCCAUCUUUAUAAUGGAAAAAGUAGUUUGCGUAGUAAAAAAACAGGAUUCACGUAAUAACCUUCUAGCCUUUGUGAAAGGUUCUAGUUUAAUUUUUAAACUAUUCCUUGCGGAAGGAAUGAAUGUCUGCCAAAAUUUAUUUAAAUCGCAUUCAAAGGAAGUUUCAAAAGUGUUAAAAAAUCUACAAGUGAUAACUAGAUUCAUGCAAAAUAUAUGUAACUACACAAAAGUCAUUAAAGACAAUGCGCUGAGUACUUAUUUACCAAGCAUAAGAGGAAUACUGGAAACAUUAAUUUUAAAGGUGAAAAAUGUUAUGGUAAUGAAUGGCUGUACAGAUGCUUUAUUUAUGGGUAUUAUGAAAAAUAUGGAUAUCAAAGGAGAAGAAAUAUUAUCUCAGAAUAAAAGUAGUGAUGACGAAGAUGAUGAUGAUGACGACGACGAUGAUGAUGAUGAAAAUAACAGAAGUAAAGAUAAAGAUGAAGCAAAUGAUUUAUCGCAACUUUUGGAUGAUAAUAAAGAACAAGAUGAUGAAGAUUCUGAUGAAAAUUCAUCAAUAUUAUAACUUAUUUGAAUUUUUUAUACAAAUGAGUGUACUCAAUAUAUGUGUAGAUAUUAUUUUGUUAUUUUUUUUAACGUUAUCAAGCUAUAAAAGUUAUAAUUUUAUUUUUUUAAAUCAAUAUAAUUUAGUUACUACCUAAAAA